AUGCAGCUGACUUCCUACCUCUCCGUCGCCGUCGCCAUCCUGGGCCUGGCGACUGCUUCGCCCUCGCCCAAGGUCGCUUGCAACAAGCGCUCCCCUGUGCCUACCCAUGAGAAUGGCCAGUACGUUGUGAGCCGCGAUGUCAAGUUCGCCAACAAAAGAGUCUGGACCUUCAAUGGCAAAACCCUUCCCAAGGGCCUCUAUGCCAGCGAAUAUCAAGUUGGAAACACCCACGUUUACACCUCGUCUGGCGUCAAGCUUAACAAGGGCUACCUUGAGCUUACUGUACCUGGUGGCCAGAAAGCUAAGCCCUACAAGGCUGCUGAGAUUGCCACCGAGAUUGAGAACAUCAAGUAUGCCUCUGUGCGAACUACAGCCAUCCUAAGCGAACCUGCAGGUGUUUGCAACGGAAUGUUCUUUUACCAGUCUGACACCCAGGAGACCGACAUCGAGUGGCUCUCAGACCCCAAGUCCCAGUCCAACGAUGGCGGCGUCCGACAUCUUUGGUUCACCAACCAAGACCGCGACGGUGACGGAGAGCCUUCGCACAAGGCCGUCCUCCCUCCCUCCAACCCCACCUCCACCGAGCACGAGUACCGAAUUGACUGGACCGCGAACCUGGUUACCUUCUACGUCGAUGGCGUCAAGCAGUGGUCUACCAAGAAGGAUGUUCCCAACGUGCCUGGUCCCUGGAUCUGGAACAACUGGUCCAACGGCGACAAGGGCUGGAGUGCUGGUCCUCCCAAGCAGAAUGCUGUUUUCAAGAUCAAGAAGAUUGAGAUGUACUACAACACUGCUUAA